CGGAGAAAGGAAUCAAUGUACUCGUCAAGGUAUAACAGCCUAAACUGCUGAUCUAGUCGGACGAGAAACUCUCAUUCUGUUCCUCAUUUUUUCGAACUUUAAAAAAAAAAGCUACAAAAAAAUUUACAACCCUAGUCCGCGCAGAACUUGCAAAUCAUUAAACCAUGCCCCGGCCAAGGAAGCGAUGGAAGUUUGUACUAAAGCAGCCAUAGAUCGAAAGUCAACGGAUCGCUUCUCUGACUCUCGCAAUCACAGAGCUUCAGAAGGUCUUCGGUUCCUCAAGGAUGACGUGUGGCUGUCCGGAGAUCGCCAAGAGAGGUUCGGGUCGAUAUGCAAUCACCUUGGUCGUCAGCACGGUGGCGUAGAGCAACGACCUAGGCUCGUCGCUGCCCCGUCUCCAUGGCUGUCGGGGAUUGCAACAGACGAGAAGACAGGAAGAGAAGAAAACGAAAGUGCGGAGGACAGUGGCCUGUGUAGUGAUGCCUUUCUGCCAAGAACUUCUUGCAAUCAAUGUGGACAUGCGUCAUCUCUGCAAUCACGUAACUGGCCCGAGCUUUUAACACAAACAACAGCUCCAGGAACGAGCAGAUGCACAGUCAACCUGACAACAAUGGACAAUGGGGUCACGUGAUCUAUGAGAAACUUUUCGAUCCGACGAGAACUUUCCCUGGACUUGGGCAUAUCUAUACCACGCCUCGGCAAUUUCAACGAAACUCUAACAUAUCAAAAAAUGAUCCCCCUGCCUUUGGUUACCUUGACCCUAGCGCAAUGAUGGGUGAAUAUCUGCAUAAUUAUCGCAACUUUUUGAUGGACCUUCGUAUGGCCAUGAGGAGAGGGAAGAACUACGAGAGUCAAAUCAUUUGCGGACCGCUCCCUCCUCACCAGCUGCCAAGACCACAGUCACUGCCACAGCAGGCGAACUCCCAGCAGGAGUCACGGCAGCAUCCUCACAUCUCGGAACUGUCUCCAGGCUUAUGGAGCGUACUGGCCGAAAUAGCCUCUCCUCAGCCGCAGGACCUGCGCAUGGAGUUCUCCCGCUUGAUGAACGUCGUCACUUCUCUCCGAAUGCGCGAGAUCUGGACGGACAAGAAACAGCAUCAUCAGCAGCAACAACAACAACACCAACAGCAGCACGCACGCCCCGCCCCUCAGGGUCACGUGACCUACUCAAGGCACGGCUUUUCGUUGCCGGACCCGGUGGGUCACAGACGCGGCGUUAGUGAGUCGGAGGACAAGUCCUUCUUCUCUACAGCAACGUCGGCGAGGAGACACGAGGCCGACGAAGACUGCAUCGACGACAUUCUGGCUAUGACAAGUAUUCUCACAACCAUGAACGUGCAGUCUGACAGUUCUGGCAACAGUGAUGCUGCUUCUUUCUUGUCCAGCUUCCCUGCUUCUCCUCUCUCCUUGUCUGCUAGGGAUCCUGCCCUGGGCUCUCGAUACCUCCCCGGAAUCCAAAAGAACUACGAGCGAUUACAGAACUCUUUUGUUCCUUGCUCAAAUUCCAGAGUUAGAGCAGGCCCGACUUACGCCGUAGGUAUGCACCGCAGCUGCGAAAAAGCCUCAAAGCGUGAUGAUGACAACGAGGAUGAUGAUGAUGACAUAGCUGAGCUGAUCGACAGUGCCAGGAUAGAGAUGCAGUUGGAAGAGGAGGAGGAGCAGGAAGAGAAGCAGAGGAUGCAGCUGCUGAUUUACCAGCUGGAGCAGAGCCAGAAGCAGGCACCCGUGCCCGGCGAAUCGCACGUCGUGGAAGGUCAGGAGGUUAGCGACCCGCUACGGGAGACGAGGGACCUGGAAGAGAGUGGCGGUAGUUGCCAGGCCAGCGCAGACAACGAGGUCUCCUGCCCCGAUGCGCUGGAGGAGGCACAGCGUCAGGAAAUGUUUCACCACUUCCAGCAGCAGCAGCAGCAGCUAAGCAGCGAGCGAGCGGAGGCCCUCGACGUGGAAUGUGAAGCUGAGCUGCUGGAGAACGAAAGACAGGUGCGCUUCGUCCUCCGGAGGUCAACGGUCAACCACCACCUCAACCAGGAUCUACAGCAAAAUAUCGUAGCCACAGGGGACUCCUCCUCUACUACCUCUCCUCCUCUUCCUCCUUCACUUCCUUCUCGCAUGCCUUUCACAAAUGGCAAAAGGCCUACCAGACCGAGAGUCGCGCCAGUUCCGAUGACGGGGACGAGCGCUUAAGUGGUCUGACCGUCUACGUCACACCGGCGCUGGGCUCCUUCGCCUCCCCGCUCCCGCUGCACCCCAGCGAGCAGGAGGGCAUGUCCGAGGUUUCCGAGUUGAAGUACCGCCUGAACGUCGACAAGAAAACUUCGUUUUCGUCGAGUCUUGCUAACGCCGUCGAAGACGAUGACGAAGAGUUUUCUGCCGGCCACUUUCUAACCGAAGAAGAGUGCUUUGAAAAUACGAACGACAACGACAAGUACGUGUACAACUCACCCAAGAUGGGGGCGCUCUUGAAGAACACGGGCGGGAAGAUCCGGAUCCUGGGCAGCAAAUCCUACGCAGAAGUGUAUUCCGAGAGCGCCGCGCUGCUCUAUCCAGAUGACGCCUCAAUGGGCGACAAGAAGAAGGACAAGGAGUGCUCUCCGGCCAGGGCGGAGGGCAAGGAUACGGAGGAAAAAGGCAAGGCCGAGCAGGGUGGCCAGAAAGACAGCAAGAAAAAGCCGGUGGUCGUGUCGGUGCGCCCUCUGUCGCACGCUACGCGCCGUUCGGCGCACUCGUAUCUGACGCAAGCGCCAUGGCUCACGCCAUCGACAGACGCAGCACAAGGCACAUGCCAACAAGCACCGCCAGGGUUCUCAGAGCACAAAAGGCACAGAGGCAGAGGGUGGUGGAUCAGUGGGCCAGUCACAGUGUUCCCAAAGGGCUGAGUCGAAUUCUGACGAAAAGCAGCGAGCAGCCGAGAUCUUAGCCACGCAUAGCACGCACGAAACGGUGCCAAACACGUGCGUCACGUUUGGACAAAACAGUCAGGGACAGAGACGGUCAGCAAGCGACUCAGACGUACUUCACAAGGGCGACGCCAAUAGCAUUUUCCAGCUGGCCGACCAGAGCACAGGGGCUGGUGACUCUGCAGCUGCCUUUUCCAUGUUCGCAACGAAUAUCGUCUACCCAUCAUUAACAUUUCAGCACCAACUUAUUGCUCAACCCCAUUCAUUACAAGGUAGUUCUAUUAAAAGCAAAUCUUCUAGGGUAAAUCUGAUGCUUGCCAAAACUGCUAGCCAGAAAGCUCGCCAACCUGAACAGGAAUCCUGGUUGGGUCUAAUGUCGAGCGCUCCGCAAAUACUGCUUCUAGAGACUUUGCUCUAGACAGCUCGGCAGGCGGCGCCAAGUGCUUCAUGACCCCCUCGGGUCCGACUAUAACCGGCUUAUGCUGGUGGCCCCACACCUGCCUGUCCCAAAGACCGUGUCCUUCUCCGCCACUCCCUUGCACCCGUGCCCUCACCUGAUGGCGGGUAGCGUUACCUCACUCAUCGCCGCUCGUGAUCCCCUCCCCGCGCCCGGCCCCGAUCUGAGCGCUGAGGGCAAAAUCGAGUGGAAGCUGGCCAAGCGGCAGGACAGACUAGAGGCGCAAGGAGCACACAAAAUUUACGAUAAUAACCAAUCCGUAGAUGAGUUUUCUUCCAAGGAGAAGGCAGCUUCCGCAGUUGCAGUGACUGGCUUGUCGACGGCGCAGACGGGAUUUUUUAAUUGCAAGCCAGUCAAACUAUGCGGUCAGGCGUCCAGUGUCUCGGAUGACCUCUCGUCGAUGGAAUCAGCGGACGAAGUAGACGUGUCCCUCAACGACAUCAACUUCUGCGUCGGCCCCACGCUGGAGAUCCUUAACAACACACAGUCCAAACAUUCGACUUUGUCUGUUGGACAUGCCUGCAAACUUGAUUUCGAGACGGGCUUCGCUAACGUCAGUACAGGGCACAAAGGCUCGAAAGGUGUCGAUGAAGUUGCUUGGAUCGAGGGAGUGGACGGGGCUCCGCUGCGACGCUGGCGGAGUUGGCGAUAGUUCAAGACCGGAAACUCGUGCUGCAAGAGGACGCAGAGUAUUUCUAUUCGCACGUGGCAGCUGCUGCUUUGUCGCCGAAGAGUCGCAGCAUCAGCGACCGAGAACUGCACACGCACUCAGAGGAGGGACUGGCGACAUCGCAGGCUCAGGUCUGUCUGCAUGACGCCCAUAACGCCGACAAGUACACAGCAAGUCGCUUGUCAGGCGGCCAAUCGCUAGAGUCGGAAGCAAGAAACAUCCGUCAGAAGUCUGCGGCCACAGAGGACCUGAUGGGCAUUAAUCGUCUGAACAAAGAAUUUACCAGCGCACCUGUCAAACCUGGGUGGCUUCCCCUGUCUUCCCUCUUACACAGCUACUAUCCACCCUGCAAACGGAACUAGAAGAGGGAGCGUCUUUCUUCGCGCACAGUACUGCCUCUGACACCCAGGUUAGAGGCUGUUCCGGGUGCCUGAGGAACGAGUGUUCCUUGUCCACUGACAGCGGGAUCUCUGCCAACCCCUCCGACUCCCAUGCGUGUCAAACGUCCCGGAUGGGACAGUUCUUUGUUGCCAGACAGACAGAACAGGAAGAAAACGGGGCUACGGCUUCUUGCGGAAUUUCGCCUACAAAUCCCACGAGUGUCGCUGUUUCUGGUUGUGGAAACAACAAGGGAACAUCCGAUGGGCUGCGGUGCUCUUCAGGUGCUAAUUCAGGUGAACGCUCUGCACAAAAAGAACGUAUUUUGGAGGAAAUCAGCGCUUGGUUUACAGACAACCCAAGCAUGCCUUGCACAAACCGUCAGAUGACCACAUCAUCGUCUAGCUCUCGCCGUUGUCUUGCUGUCCGGGCCAGUCACAGAGAUUCCUCGGUAUACGCUUAAACAUGAGGCAGUUAACAGGGAAACAGCUCCAGAUCUUCUCCAGAAGUCGCCGUCGUGUGUUCUGAUGUGACAGACGGUUGCUCAAAGAUCCCAGAACGCCUCCCACUUCUCUUGGAAACGUCGCACUCAGCACAGUACCCGGAUGAAGUGGGCGAGCAUGGACAGGAAGUGCUGGGUGCCGUUCACUGCAGUGCGAUAGAGAGCGUCCUGCAAAGCUGUGUGAACCACUCCAACGACAGCGGCGGCACCUCGCUCACCAAGUCUUCUCUCGUUGCCCAGACCUCCAUCGUCGGGGUGAACUCGCGGGCCAAAGGCAGCUGCACGCAGUCAGCGACAACGGAGGUGGAGAACGUGGACACUGCGCAGGAGUGUCACGUCAUAGGAACCGGCUGUUCAGCGAAGUAGUAAAGCCAGCUGCGGAGUCCAUGCAGACAUCCGUUCUUGCCUCUGCCUCCUAUUCCGACAACGGCUUAGCCCCUGUCGCUGAAUCGGACCCUGCGGAAACUAGCGGGGCUCCGACCGCCGCUUACCCAGUCAGAACCGACUAUCUGUGCAACCAGCAUCUCAUCCCGGAGCAGUUUCGCAAGCUGAUCGUGCCUGACCUGGAGAAGAUGAUGCAACUGGGCAAAGACCGGGUGUGGGAGACCUCGGCGGACGCAUCUAGCGGCAAUCAGUCAGAGACAGGAGCUGCUAAUCCUAAUCUUGGGACUUUGGGAGUCUCGCGACAGGACGAAAAAAAGUCCUCCUCCCAACAGAAUCAGCCUCAGAGAACGGUGGAGAAUGUGUCCAGCAGCAACAGCACAACUACCAAUAGUCACUCGCCCUCUCAAGGCAUCCGAAUCACGGCGGAAGAGCUGUUUGCCAACUACGAAGCAGCCGUCAUUGGCUCUCGAGCGACCGUCGCCGGCACCAGAAGCACCACCGUGAGAGACCCUCUACCCGAAGAAAGCAGACAGCCGACAGUCACCAGUGUCCUCGAGGCUUUCAAUUACGCCGAAAAGAAAGCCUCGGAAGGCUCCUACUCUAGUGCAGCCGCAGCUGGCAACGUCGUGCAAAAGACGCUGAUGACCAGAGAUCCUCGGAACAUACCCAACAGGCUGACCAUCAACGACACUGGCAGUGGAGCUAUUGUAGACGUUCAAAGCCCAAGGACAAGCGAUGACGGCUCGCGAUGGAAGAUUGGGAUCUGCACAACAACUGCAACAACUGCAACAGCAGCAGCAAAAACUUCAGCAACAUCUGCAGCAGCAGCAACAGCAGCAGGCGCUAUCGAAUAGCAGCCAGAUGAACAAAGGUCGCGACCAGAUGAUGGCGACGGCGGCCUACUACGCCAACACACGACUUAGUGACGUCAUGACCUACGCCACGACAGGAGCCAGCAUCAACAUACCGGGACUGCCCCGCAUUCCAAUCUUGUCCCCGCAGGCCGCAGCGCACAACGCCUUCCUGUUGAAGGCUAACAGCAUGCGGCCGUGUCUCCAGCCCAACCUCUCCGUGCCUCCCCCUGGCUUCAUCCCGCUCAUGCCCGUGCCCACGGGACCGGCAUUUCAUCACGGACCAGGCGGCUUCCCUGUGGGCCCCUACUUCUCCCCCGGCAUCUUCCACUCCCCCAACUUCAUCGCCAUGGCGCCCCACCCUUCCGCCACCGCCACCUUCAUGCAACAGACCAAAGUCAACAUCUGCACCAACGUUAACAUCAACAGCAACAUUUCAACGUCCUUCAGCGUCACCAACGCCAGCACGACGAACCGCAACGACAACCACAACUUCAUCUACACCUUUAAUAAUCACCUGCAGCAGCGGGCGCCCACCUCAUCCAAUGCCACGCACACCACACAACCGCCACCGCCGCCACCUCCGCUGGUAGCAGCAACGCUGGGGAUUCUGGGCGGAAGUCGGGAGAGCCUCGCUCACAAUGCAAGAAUAUCGGCUCUAAAAGCAACGGAACAGCUGCGCAUACUUCGAGCAAGGCAUCUAGCAGCUCCGUGAAACCAGCUUCCAGCAAACUGGGAAGUGCAGCUUUUUCCCAACGUCCGCUGAGCGGCCAUGGCGGUAAACUGGACGCAGGUUCGGUCAGCAGCGCCACAGGAAGGGGCUUCGGCGGCCUUGGGGACGAAAGUAGAAGUGGGGGUGUGACGGUGCAGGGUAGAUCUUUGCACGAGAAGACUAGGGGAGGGGUGGGGACCGCGCAGGGCGAGGUCGGGGCAGGUCGCCCGCCUCGGGGUUCGAACACAGACAACCUAAUCCGUGUCUUUCCGCCAAGCUCAUGAUUAUCUUCUGACUACUGCUUGCAGACCUUCUGGUGGAGUUUAUUUUCUAGGACCUAUGUUUUAUUUCUUUCUCUCUAGAUUAAGUAUUAUCUUCUCUUUUUUUCUUCCUUUUCUUGCUCUCCUUCAUACCUCCUGUCUCCUCUUCGGUGUUUUGCUUUCAUCAGCAGCAGUGUUCAUUUCUUCCUCUUAAGCUCUUCUUGCUUACUGCACGCUUCAAGUUGAGAGAACAGCAGAGAAGCCAGUGUUUGCUGAGCAAUAUCUUCACAGUCAAUCAGCUUUUGUCUAAGUCUUGAUGCUCCACUAGUAAUACCACCUCAUUACUUUAUUUUAUUUUAUUUUUGUCGGUAAACAUGCACAGAAUGUCUCGACCAACCUCUUUCCAGACCUGCGAUUCAACGACUGCAGACUCAGCAGCUUUUUCCAAGCUGUUGGUGGAUUCCUAAAAAUUAAUUUUCAUUCCAUUUUUGUCUCUAGAAUUUUUGUAUGCUUUAGAUCGGAGACCACUGUUUACGAUCCCCAACCCUACGGUUUACCAGAACUCACUUCAAGCAUCUUACACUUCAUAAAAAUCAAACAACAACUCCACUCAACAAAGAACUUACCAUUUCUUAGCAUUAAAAAUAAUUACUUGCUUCUGUCUCCACAAAGACUACGGUGGUUGGUUGCAGAGGUACGUAAGACAGAAGAAACCUUUUAAUCGUUAAAUUUUUCAUGAAAUUUGAGCUUUUACAGCAGGUUUACAGUCCGACUGUAACACGAGGUUUAGUUUCCAUCUGUUUUCCAAAACCAAAAUGAAGGAAGAAACGCAUCGCGUAUUUCUUCUUGUUCUUUUCUUUCUCUUCCACUUUCUUCUGAUCUGUCGUUAUCUUUGUCUGCUGUGGAUUAGAAUUUAAUAUAAUUAAGCUCACCCAACACUACAAAUGGCUUUCAAGCAUUUAUUGAAAAGGGCCUGAAAGAAUAAAGAUAUUGUCACUUGUGUAACAGAGUCAGAUACUCUCCCUCUCCAGACUGUCAGGUCUGAUAACAAUACAAGUAUAAGUGAUUGUAGUUUUGCUUCAGACGCCAAGUCUCUGUACUUAAGGUUGACUGUCCUCAGCAGGGGAGUGGUUUGAGGGGCUGUGCCUAUAACAACGAGGAACUUUCAUCCCUCGACUCCCGUACCGUUAAACUAUCCCCACUACUGUCCUCCUGACACAGAGGAGACUUGUCCACCUCUUUAUGAAACCCUCCUACACCAGCUCUCAGUGCUCUGACGUUGUACAGAUCAUAUCCAUCAAUCUGCCGGAGGACUUGAUGGUCCGGUGCUUGUUUAGCUUUCUUCUUCACUCUGACCGGUGUGGGUUUUCUGACGAUGGUCGCAGGUGGAGAUAAAGUACUAUACCCAGAGUUAAGUGAGGAAAGGGGAGAUGGGAAAGGUGUGGCUGGAGUUGGCUAUUCUUCCAUGGCAGGAAGACGUCUGUGUAUUAAGGCAAAAGCAUUUAUUCUGAAAAAUAACUGUCUUUACCACAAGCACUUACAGCCUUUGAGUGACUGAUGACACUGUCAAAGUUUGUAUUAGUGAGAGAGAGAGAGUUGGGAGAGGUGGGGGACGCGCGUGCAUUUUUGUGUUACUGUAUGCUAGUGGUCUGCACAACGUUGAAAAAUGUGUCUUAAAACUUUUAGCAGCAGUUCAAAUAUUCUGCUCCCAAGUUUUUCUGGUGAGAAUUUUCUCAAUGUCCGGCAUAAAGACGACAGGGCGUUCGGAAAGUUCGUUGAAUGUCAUUUUGUCCAGCUCGGUCCUAUGUAAUCAGUAUUUUCUGAACCUUCUGGGAGAUAAACCCUGGCAGCUCCUCAGAUGCUUCCUAGAUAUAGGCAGCAAACCUUGUUGUCUUAACGAGGUCUAUAGAUCAACUGGCGUUUUUUCUCAUAAUUCUUUGCUCGUCUCUGCGGCUGUAUAGACUCUGACAGGCCGUUAGCGAUCAUGGUCCUUGUGACAACUCUACCUCCUGACACCACUCACUAUGUCCCGGUGUUCCUGGCUCGAUGAGCCUUCAGAUUCUAUCUUCGGAUAUCUGAGAGCAGUUCGGCUUCACCCCAAGAAGAAGUGGCUGUAAUUUGAUCACGACCACCCCUGUCUAUGAUGUAUAGACGUUGAGAUCUCCUGUCUGAGUCCAGAAACAGGACCACACAGCCUAUCUAGACAAGAUGAUUUUCAUUACUGCAUCAGUAGUACUGACCAGGACCCUUUUCAAACUAAGGAUAAAAUAGUUUGACAGACUUGGAUAGACGAUUCACUGCGAAAAUGCAAGGCAUGGAUAAGUUUCCUGGACGUAAACAUUCAUCUUGUCUGCGUCGCGGUGCAUCGCCCACUCAACGGUCUUAUUUUUCAACAGCCAUAGUCUCCCACAGUCCAACUACUAGACGAUCAUGAACAAGAUUCAAGCCAACAACAGGAAGCAACGCUAUCUCCAGGCGGGAGGAGUUUGGCCAAGGCUGUUUAUUUUUUUUUUUACAGAAAACAGACCGUGCAAAACGAAGUUUGGAAACACAGACGCACCAUUGCAAGGACAACGAAGGCACACUCCCAAACAUUGAUAACGAGAAAUAAAUUUCUCAUUGGCCUCUUGUUUGCCGCACAUAAUUGUUCACACGCUUUUCGCAGCUAGGCAGUGACACCGAUAUCUAAAUCCUUUCUACCAAAGGAAAUAAGCUGCAAGAAUUUAUCAUAAUUCUUUUUUUGGUAAUUUUCUUUUUGGAAAAAAAAGUGUAAACGUUGGGCUUGACGUCCACACUACGACUGCCUACAGUUGAGCCGGUAGUUGAUGAAUGUCUGGCUUCUGGUGUCGUGUCAAGCUGCAACGAUGAAGUCCUGCAGGCAUUAUUAGACUGAGACAGAGAAAUGCCGGGUGUUGCUGUAAGAAGUGGAGAACACAAUUUCUGUAGCAUAUUUAUACUGAGUAGAGAGAGAGUGUGUCAGGGUUAUACUUAUCACUAACUGGCUGUUGCUGAUUUAUUUUGCUGUCUUGCGAAAAAAAAAUAAACAAACAAAAAGCACGGGUGAUGAAGACAAAGCAGAAUGCCGACUCCAGCCUGUUUACUACCUGCUCGCCUGCUAGACAUGUCUACCUUAGUAAUAUUAGUGUGGGGAGAGAGAGAAAGUGAGAGAAUUUUCGUGCCGUCAUUUUCGCAUGUAUGGGAGUCUGAAAACCAUUAAGUUGUACAACUAGAAGAGGGUUUUUUUCGAUGUGUAAAUAUCUCACAAUACUCGUAUAGAAAAUAAAAGAACUACAACA